UUACAUUUAACAUUACAAUUCCUUUUAUACUGUUUUUGAUAUUCAAUUUUGAUCCAUUUUGCGAUCUAUAACUCUAAAUAUUUAAAUUGUAUGAUCUCUUAUCUCGAUAAGAUAAAAGAAUGCUUACUUAUAUUCUACUUUUGGGUUCGUCUGUAUAACAUAUGGAUAAAUUGAUCGCAGGUAACCUAUACUCGUGGCUGAUUUCUUUCUGCACGCCCGAGAAUUGUUACAAUAAAAGCACGAAAUCAGUAAUUACGUAUAAUUACUCAUGAGUUUAUACGUGUACUAAUUUUAUCAAUAAAAGUGUUAAAAGACAAGAUAACUGAUUCUACUGAUACAUUUGUUAUUCUAAUUUAAUGAAAGUGCAAACGUAACCUUAUAAGGUUUCAAAGAAUGCCGAAUAUCUUGCAACGUGCUGGCUAACUAUGCGAGGGAUGAUAUAUUAAGGAACUUUCAGAAACAAACGUCUAAAUAAUUUCUCAAGUUUAUGUGGCCUUUCGAAUCUUCGUAAAAGGAUUCUCGAUUUAGGAAAUGGCACUAACUGCGCGUUUACUACUUCGCAAUGUAAACAGCGUGCUUUAUCACUCUAUCUCCAAACAUAGCAUCAAUUCUAACUCUACGGCUACGGGAGAAUCGAGUGACGACGCGAUGAAGGAUUGGAAAGUGGAGCUGUACAAUACUAUGAAGAUCCUACCGGACUUUGUCAGUGAGAAAGAGGAGGAUAUCCUGCUACAAGAGGUUGACCCUUACAUGAAAAGACUGCGCUAUGAAUACUCGCAUUGGGAUAAUGCGAUACAUGGCUACAGAGAAACUGAAUGGAGGAAGUGGAGCGAGGAUAGUUCGCGGAUUCUCAAUAGAAUUCGUAGGAAAGCGUUUCCACCAGAAAUGAUUCAGCUCUCGCUUGUGCACAUACUAGACUUGGCUCCUGAAGGCUGGAUAAAACCGCAUAUUGACAGUGUCAGGUUCUGCGGGGGCAUCAUUGCAGGAUUAAGUUUGCUGAGCAACAGCGUGAUGAGAUUAGCAAUGGAAGGGCAAGAGAAGGAACGCGUUGCGUGCUUCCUGCUGCCAAGGAGAUCGUUAUACAUCAUGAGCGGUGUCGCAAGGUACAAAUAUAAUCACGAGAUCCUCAAAUCUGAGGAAUCGUACUACGAGGGACGACAUGUACCAAAGGGUAGGCGCAUUUCUAUAAUAUGCAGAAGCGAACCCGAUCCCGAAGUCACUUAAUUUGAUUAUGUAAAUCACACGUUACAGUGUAAAAAUACCUCUGUAAAUAUCUAAAAUUUAAUCGCAAUUAGCAGGAACAGAGAAUUGUUAAUAAAAUAUAUUGUUUGAAAUUAGUA